GCUUCGUCGGGUUGUUUUGUUUUCCCAGCAGCAACUAGUGGGGACGUGCGGGGUGGCGUACGCGGCGGCACCUCAGGCUCCGGAGCCCCGGCAGCAGCGGGUCGGGCCGGACGAACCUGAGUCAGGAGUAAGAGCGAGCGGCGGAGGAGCUCCAGUUGUGUGUGAAGUGACCUGAGAAGAUGUCAGGCUUUCUAGAAGGCAUGAGAUGCUCGGAAUGCGUUGACUGGGGGGAGAAGCGCAACACUAUCGCAUCCAUCGCUGCGGGGGUGCUGUUUUUUACAGGAUGGUGGAUUAUUAUAGACGCUGCGGUGAUGUAUCCCAGAAUGGAAGACUUCAAUCACUCCUAUCAUGCUUGCGGUGUGAUAGCAACCAUUGCCUUCCUCAUGAUCAAUGCAGUAUCCAAUGGACAAGUCCGAGGCGAUAGUUACAGUGAAGGUUGUCUUGGUCAAACAGGUGCCCGCAUCUGGCUCUUCAUUGGUUUCAUGUUGGCCUUUGGCUCGCUGAUCGCCUCCAUGUGGAUCCUCUUUGGAGGUUAUGUGGCAAAAGAUAAAAACGUAGUAUAUCCUGGGAUCGCUGUGUUUUUUCAGAAUGCCUUCAUCUUCUUUGGAGGGCUGGUUUUUAAGUUUGGCCGCACCGAAGACCUAUGGCAGUGAGGUGGUUUCCCGAGCACACAGCCCUGCGCCGAGGUUUUUACUGCCAUGCCCAGUCUUUUUGUAAUGCCGUUUUGUAAACUUCUGUCUAUUCUCAGCUUCCAGUUGCAUUAAUACUGAAAUCAUGAGAAUUCUGUAUUCCACAAACUCUAUUAUGGUAUACACUUGAUUAACUUAUAACAUGUUAAAGGCAAAUGUUCCACAUGAGUAAUUUUUGUCAUGUUUUAUCAUGGCAUAAUUUGUAAAAAAUAAAAGUCAGUGACAGAAGAAA